ACGAAGUUCAUUACUGUGGAGCUGAGGAAAGGCAGCAUUAAAGACAAAUUGGGUUUAAGUCUAAUGCAAAGGACUAAUGGCAGAGGAGUUUUCAUUACAUAUGUCCAACCAAACAGUAUCGCCGGACAGCAUAAAAACAUAGCACAGGGCGACCAGAUUCUCGAGAUUAAUGGCCAAAACCAACCAAACAGUAUCGCCGGACAGCAUAAAAACAUAGCACAGGGCGACCAGAUUCUUGAGAUUAAUGGCCAAAACGUCCGCGAAAGCAAUCAGAAAGACGUGUCGCAGACCCUGUGCUCACUGGACGGCGCUAUAGUGUUACUAUUAGGACGGGUGCCCUCCCUGUCCGACUCCAUACGCGAGUGGGCCCGCCGUAAGGCGCAGAUAUUUCUCAGGGCCCGCACCAGCACCUGGAGCUCAUCCGUGGGUAACUGCGCAGUCGAGAAACUGCAGACCCAGAGGCCGUCCCUACCCGUCAACAAAGACAAGAGUUAUUUUCAAAUGAAAUCGCCCGACAGUGACAUCAUGAGUGUGCCCGGGCUACCGAUGCUCAUGUGCCAGACCAUCAAUAAUAGUAUGACGGACAUCACGAACGAGCAGCAACUGUGGAGUAGGAGUUCCUCUCUGAGGAGUCAGAAGAGGCUGAGUGUGGUGGCCGAGGACUCGAAGAUGAGGGAGUCGUUGGAUAGCAAUGCCGAGGAGCAGGAGUUGGAGCCCAUGAUAGACCACAGCCAACCCCCGCCUCAAUCCCUGUCCACCGAUUCGCCCGAUAAUCCAUUAUUGCCGGCCAUUAAAGUCACAGAGUUUUGAGACCUAUUUUUAGGGUCCUUUUAGAGAUAUUUUUAAUUAUUAAUAGGGAAUUACAACAAAAAUGUUUAAUAUUUGAUAGUUUCGUAUAUAUUCCUAAAUCUGACAAAUUGUUUGUUAACUAGCAAUGAAUU